AUGGGUGUCCCCUUCGAGGCUCUGCUGCCCUAUGCGGUUAUGACCGGCUUCUUCGCAUUCAGCGCCGUGUCACUCGGAAAGCUCAAGGAAAUCCAGAACGGAGGCAAGAGGCCCAGGCGCGGCAUUGAUCAGUGGGAUCAGACCGACAGGGCGGCUGCGCCGGCUGGCUUCGAGCUCAACAACCCAUGGAGGUGCGAGCAGCGAUUCAUCUAA